AUGGGCUUCCUCGCUGCACUAUCCUCUGCUUCCCCUUACUCCUCCAUAUUGGACCUGGCAAGCACCAUGAAGUCGCAGCUAGUUCUCGCCUCCGCCGCCGGGCUGGCCACGUCCACCCACGUUGACCUUCCCCUGCCGCCCAUGGGCUUCAACAACUGGGCGCGCUUCACCACGCACAUCAACCAGUCCAUCUUCACCGAUGCCGCCACCAGCAUGGCCGCCAACGGCAUGCUCGCCGCCGGCUACAACCGGCUGAACCUCGACGACGCGUGGUCCACGCACGAGCGCGCCGCCAACGGCUCCAUGGUCGUGGACAGCGUCAAGUUCCCGCAGGGCCUGUCCUGGCUGGCGGCCUUUAUCAAGGACAAGGGCUUCAUCCCGGGCAUCUACACCGACUCGGGCACGCUCUCGUGCGGCCAGUACCCGGCCGCGUACGGGCACGAGGCGAUUGACUUGCAGGACUUUUCCGACUGGGGCUACGAGUACCUCAAGCUCGACGGCUGCAACGUGCCGGGCGAGGACGAGGCGGCGUACCGCCGCGUGUACUUUGACGUCUGGCGCGAGCUGCUGCUCACGUUCCCCAAGCCCGUCGUCUUCUCCAACUCGGCGCCGGCGUACUUUUGCGGCGCCGACAACCUCACGGACUGGUACAGCAUCAUGGGCUGGGCGCAGCAGAUGGGCCAGCUCGCAAGGCACUCGUACGACAUCAUCAACUAUGACAGCAAGGGCAGCGCGUGGGACAGCCUGAUGACCAACUACAACCAGCAUGUGCGCCUCGCCCGCUACCAGCGGCCCAACUUCUUCAACGACCCCGACUUUCUCAACACGGACCACCCCAACUACACCCUGGAAGAGAAGAAGACGCACAUGGCGCUCUGGUCUUCCUUUUCUGCCCCGCUGAUUGUCAGUGCGGACAUUCCGAACUUGAAGAAGGAGGAGCUCGAGAUCCUCCUCAACAAGGAUCUUAUUGCCAUUGACCAGGAUCCGCUUGUGCAGCAGGCUACCCUCGUCAGCUCCAGCCCUGACUGGGAUGUUCUGAGCAAGAACCUGGCCAACGGUGACCGCGUCCUGACCAUCCUGAACAAGGCUGGCAAGGCCGGGGACUACACGGUUCCGUGGGCCAGGAUCGGCAUCCAGACCGACCGCAUCAGCCCGGACACGGCGCUCAGCGUCAAGGACCUCUGGACCGGCAAGACCGAGCAGGUCAAGAUUAGCGCUGGCGGCAUUACUGCCAAGAACGUCGGCCCCCACGGCACCUUUGUCUACCGCAUCUCGGGCCGCAUGGGCGGCUCCAGCCAUCCCAUUGUGCUGCCCACCGGCCUCAUCUUCAACACGUUUUCCCUCAAGUGUCUGAGCGACGACAAGUCGGGCAAGGUGGCCUGGAAGACGUGCGACGGAUCGGACGGCCAGACUUGGACGGUCAGCGACGAGGGCCGCGUCCACAGCCUGCUGCGCCCCAACGAGUGUCUGGCUGAUGUGCAGGGAAAGCUGCUCAGCCGCCACUCGGGCUGCCGCACCGAUGCGUGGAAGUACUACAACAGCGGGAACCUGGUGAAUGGCAACUCGAACCGCUGCCUGACGGAGGGGGCGGCCGGCGCGGCGAGCGUUAGCGACUGCGGCUAUGCGACCAAUGAGCAGGUUAUCGGCCUUCCCGUCGGUGCCAAGGUUAUCGAGGUUGAUUACUACGCCAACAAAUAG